AUGACCACGGGGCGUACACCAGCUGAGACCAGGCUAGACCUGGAGGACAUAGAGGAGCAGGGGAUCCCUCCAGGCAGACACACUGCAGAGGGACUACUGGAGGAAGUAGUGGAGGUAGAGGCAGAGGAACCAGCUCAGGAGGAGGACUCCACCCACAGUGACAUUAGGUCUCUGGUCAAGAACAGGGACCCAAGGGGAGUCAACAAGUAUCUAAAGGUGACCUUUGAGGACGUGAUAGCAGAGCCCCCCUCGGUGCGGAGCUUCGAUAAGGUGUGGCUGUGGAGCCACGCCCUAUUUGAGGUGUCCCGUCUCUGGUGCUACCGGCUGAUCUCCCUCCUCCUGGCCGUGCCCGUCUCUCUGGUAGCAGGGAUCCUCUUCGCUGUCUUCAGCUGCCUACAUAUCUGGCUGAUCAUGCCCUUUAUUCAGCUCUUCCUGAUCAACAUGCACUGGGUUCAGACUGUGUGGGGCAGUGUAUUGGACAUCGCCAUCGCUCCCUUCUUUAAGAGUAUGGGGAAGUGCUGCAGUAGCAUCAAUGUCCGACUGGCCAGGGACUGA